CAUGGAAUGUCACAAAUACAUCUGCCGACAAAAACGUAAACCGUAGACGUGUGCGGCAUCUUAGAUCAGGGGAGAUCCCCCUUUGUGCAAUACCAUGGUAUGUGGAAAAGCCAAGACAAGUUUUGGUGCAGAGGGCGAUUCGAGACGACUUCGGCAUCAUACCCCAGAGCGUUUACGACUCAUUUUAUGAG